UUGUAAACACAGAACUGUCAAGCAACACAAACGCCAUCUUGACAUCAUCCUGCCUUAAAAUGGAAGAAGGAGGAGAGCCAAACGCCAAACUAAUGUUGCUUGUAAAAGACACACUUACAUGUUAGUGCGCUCGACCAUGAGUGGUUAUGGGGUUGAUGUCCUUUAACAAUGGAUUUAACGACGGCGGUGUUCAACGCGGCCAGAGACGGUAAGCUGAAACUUAUCCAGAAGUUGCUCGGCAACAAAACUCCCGCCGAGCUCGAAGCUUUAUCGGAGGAGAAAACCCAGGGAGGCACCUCUCUCCUGGUGGCAUCGCGGUACGGACACCUGGAGGUCGUGGACUACCUCAUCGGACAUUGUAAAGCCAAUGUGGAACUCGGCGGCGCGGUGAACUUUGACGGCGAGACCAUCGAAGAAGCCCCCCCGCUGUGGGCGGCUUCGGCAGCCGGUCACCUCCUGGUCGUGAAAACCCUUUUAAAACACGGCGCCUCGGUGAACAACGCGACGUUGACCAACUCCACCCCGCUGCGGGCCGCCUGCUUCGAUGGCCACCUGGACAUCGUCCGCUACCUGGUGGAGCACCGAGCUGACAUGGAGGUGGCCAACAGGCACGGCCACACCUGCCUCAUGAUCUCCUGCUACAAGGGCCACAAGGAGAUAGCCAAGUUCCUCCUGGACCGGGGGGCCGACGUCAACCGCAAGAGCGUGAAGGGGAACACCGCCCUCCACGACUGCGCCGAGUCCGGCAGCCUGGACAUCAUGAAGAUGUUGCUCAGGUGCGACGCCCGCAUGGAGAGGGACGGCUACGGGAUGACCCCGCUCCUCGCCGCGAGCGUCACGGGGCACACCAACAUCGUGGAGUACCUCGCCCACCAGCCCCGCACCUCCAGGGAAGAGCGAAUAGAUUCCCUCGAACUCCUCGGGGCCACCUUUGUGGACAAGAAGAGGGAUCUGCUCGGAGCCAUGAAGUACUGGCGACGGGCAAUGGAGUUGAGGCAGCCGGGGGAAAAAACAGGCUCUUUGACCAAGCCCCCACCUGGGGCCCCCGUUCCUGCUUAUGGCUGUGCCCAGGAGGUGAACAGUGCAGAGGAACUGGAGGCUCUGAUCACAGACCCUGAUGAGAUGAGGAUGCAGGCCCUGUUGGUCCGCGAGCGCAUCCUGGGACCGUCCCACCCAGACACCUCCUAUUACAUCCGCUACAGAGGAGCCGUCUACGCCGACUCUAGCAACUUUGAAAGAUGUACCAGCCUGUGGAAAUACGCUUUGGAUAUGCAGCAGAGCAACCUGGACCCGCUCAGCCCCAUGACGGCCUCAAGUUUCCUGUCCUUUGCCGAGCUCUUCUCCUUUGUCCUUCAAGACCGUGCGAAGGGCACCCUGUCCACGCGCAUCACCUUCCACGAUCUGAUGACCGUGUUGGGUAAAAGUGUGCGAGAGGUCGAGCGAGCUGUGGCGCAGAGGGACAACCCGCCGGAGGUCCCGCAGUUCACCAAAUCGCUCGCCAUCAUCCUCCACCUCGUCUUUCUGCUGGAGAAGCUGGAGUGCAACCCCGAGCAGGAGCACCAGAAGAAGCACACGGUCUACCGCCUGUUAAAGCUGAAUCCUCGCGGCCGUUCCGGCUUCACGCCGCUUCACAUGGCCGUGGACAAGGAGACCACGUCCGUGGGGCGCUACCCCGUUGGCCGCUUCCCCUCCCAGGCGGUGGCGUCGCUGCUCUUGGAGUGCGGCGCCGACGUCGAUUCGAGGGACUGCGAGAACAACACUCCACUGCACAUCGCCGCGUUGAACGGAUGCCCGGAGAUCAUGGCGCUUCUCAUGAAGGCCGGGGCGCACUUUGACGCCACCAACGCACAGAGGAAGACGUCCUACGAGCUGUUAGGUGAGCACAAUAUUGGACACUCGGCUCUCUUCCCGCUCAACUACAUCACUCUUCAGUGCCUGGCAGCUCGUGCGGUGGAAAAGCACAGACUUCCUUACAGGGGACUCAUCUCUGAAGAGAUGGAAGGUUUUAUUGAGCUGCACUGACCUCCAUCACUGACCCCUGACUCUUUCUCUUGACCUCACCUUUCUCUUGUCUCUAACCUCCGCUUGCUUCGCUUUUGGACUCAUGACUUUGAUCCACCGCAGUCCGGCAUUUAGAAUGAACAUUUCCCAAAGUACGCUUGUAUCUAAACGGGUUUGAUGCGGUGACUGACAACAUCUGGUCAAUUACGAUGCAUGAAAAGGACAAUUUGAAUGCGAUUGCUUGUCCAAAAUGUUCAGAAAUUAUAAUUGAAAGAACCCAACCAGCCACACUUGCUUGUAUUUAUUGUUUCUGGCGGGUUUUUACUUGUUGACAUGUUCUGUCUGCUUAGGAAAUUGUUAAAGCGCACUGUGCCAAACGCCUCUGUGAUGUAAAGCCACUAACAUAUCACCCUAACUGACAAAACGCCAGGGGACUCCUCAGGUUAUUUAGAGACCGCAUUUAAAAACAAAUCAGUCACUGUGGUCUGGCGGUUAAGUUCCUGAAGCAAAGCAUCACUGUGAACAGAUCGGACUUAAGGGUACUUCUCAAUUGCUUCUUUUAAAUGGGAGUUCUAGACCAUGAAGCUUCUGAUUCCAAAUGUUUCCUUGAAAUGCCUUAUCAUCCAAACCGUGCAUGUGGCCGUUCAAAACACUCCAACAAAAUCAAGUAUUUCUCGUUAUCUUGUUCAAGUCCCCUUUUAACCUCAGAUGCAGUUGGGGAUGACGGCGUUGUGGCCCCUGGCAUCUUAGUCCUACUUUUGUGUUACCACGUCUGUUGAUGCUCUAAAUGGACAACUAACGUUCAGACUACAGACUGCCUUUCUCUGUCUAUGCUGGUGUGUUCCAGCGCUGGUAUGAAACUGUGGGUGUGGAGGGUGUCGAGCCAUCACCUAAAUAAACUUGAGUG